AUGGAGCCCAUCGCAAUCAUUGGGCUGGCGCAUCGCUUCCCAGGAGGCGCCAACACACCCGCCAAGCUCUGGGAGGUGCUCAAUAGCAGACGAGACCUAUCUCGAGAGCCAGACCCAGAUCGUCUGAACCUUCAAAAGUUCCACAACACCAACGGCGAGCACCAUGGCAGCUCGAACGUCACCAAGUCCUACUUCCUCGAAGAAGAUCCUCGCCUCUUCGACACGACGUUCUUCAAUGUGAGUCCUCUGGAAGCGGAGGCUAUGGACCCGCAGCAGAGGCUCCUCCUGGAAACGGUUUACGAAGCCACAGAAUCGGCCGGCACGCCCAUUGAGAGAUUCCAGGGCUCGCGGUGUUCCGUGUUCGUGGGCGUGAUGACGGGCGACUACGAGACGAUCCAGUACCGCGACACGGAAGACCUGUCGCAUUACACCGCCUCGGGCACGUCGCGCGCCAUCCUAGCCAACCGCAUUUCCUACUUUUUCGAUCUUUGCGGAUCGUCAAUCUGCCUGGACACUGCCUGCUCGUCGUCGCUUGUCGCGAUGCACCUCGCCGUCCAGGACCUCCGCAGCGGGGCGGCGGAGACGGCCGUCGUCGCCGGCACCAACCUCAUUUUCGGGCCUGACAUGUACAUCAGCGAGUCGAAGCUGCGGAUGCUCUCGCCGACGGGGAAGUGUCAGAUGUGGGAUGCCAUGGCGGACGGGUAUGCUAGGGGCGAGGGCGUGGCGUCACUGCUGCUGAAGCCGCUGAGCAAGGCUUUGCGGGACAAUGACCCCAUACAAGCUGUGAUUCGCAACUCGGGUGUCAACUCUGACGGGCGAACGCCGGGGAUCACGAUGCCGAGUGCCAUGGCGCAGGCGAGAUUGACGACGGAGACGUACCGAGCCGCGGGGCUGGAUCCGUCAGAGGCAGAAGACAGGUGUCAAUACUUUGAGGCACAUGGCACGGGAACACAGGCUGGUGACCCAACAGAAGCCAGAGGUAUUUUUGAGAGCUUCUUUGCAGCCAAGGGUGCUGCAGACACAGAAGUGAGCCCCCUUUUCGUGGGUUCAGUUAAAACAGUAGUUGGCCAUCUGGAAGGCUGCGCCGGUUUGGCGGGUGUCAUUAAGGUUCUUCUCGCAAUGAAGCAUGACACGAUCCCUCCGAACUUACAUCUCAGGUCCCUGAACCCAAAUAUUCAGCCCUACCGGCGCGUUCUCAAAGUCCCCACAGAGCCUACUCCCUGGCCCACGAGGACUGAUGGACAGCCAAAGCGUGCAAGUGUAAACAGCUUCGGAUUUGGAGGGACGAAUGCACACGUAAUCCUGGAAUCAUACGAGCCGGAGCCAGAACAGAAAUCUUUGACGUCUGGCGGUCUCCCUUUCACUACGCCUAUUGUUCUCAGCGCUCACUCACAAAUCUCUCUACUCGAAAAUAUCCGACGACUGACCACAUACAUCCACAACAACCCGAACGUGAGACUCGAAGACGUAGCAUGGACGCUAUGGCAACGAAGAAGCGGACUUGGGUUCCGAAAGUCGUUCCAUGCGACAUCACGGAAGGAUCUUUUAGCAAGUCUCGAGAUGACCAUUGCAGACUCUGCUGGCGGGCAGCCUUCUUUGGGAACACCAGCCGCAUCCCUAGUCUCCCCUUCCGAGGGGUUUGGGGUAUUGGGGAUUUUCACUGGACAAGGUGCACAAUGGCCUGGCAUGGGCAAGGAUUUGCUGACACACAGUCCUGUAUUCAGAGCAGCCAUUGAGGAGUGCGAUGAAUCUCUGGCAAAACUCCCCGAUGCUCCGUCAUGGUCGUUGAAACAAGAGCUGCUCGCCGACACAUCGGAAAGCCGAAUCUCUGAAGCCGAGAUCGCGCAGCCCGCAACCACAGCAGUGGAAAUUGGCUUGGCUCGGAUGCUGCAAACCAGCGGAAUCAAGUUCAGCGCUGUGGUCGGUCAUUCGUCAGGCGAAAUUGCUGCACUGUACGCGGCCGGCAUCCUCUCCUUGUCCGACGCCAUCCGCGUUGCCUUCUACCGAGGUGUCUACGCCAAGUUGGCAGGCAAAGGCUCCAUGAUGGCGGUAGGAAUUAGCAGCGAAGCAGCGCAAGACUUCUGCCGCGAGGCACCUUUCAAAGGCAGGAUCUGUCUUGCGGCGAAGAACUCCCCUUCUAGCGUCACACUCUCCGGCAACGUUGACGCCAUCCAAGAAGCCAAGGAAGUUUUCGACAACAGGAAGAUCUUUGCCCGCGUGCUGAAGACCGACAAGGCGUAUCACUCACCGCACAUGGAGGCCUGCUCCGAGGCCUACCUCAAAGCGAUGAGAAAAUGUGGAAUCUCGCCCCUGAAAACGGAGAGUAAAUGUGUCUGGGUCUCAAGUGUAGAUGGAACCGCGAGCCGAUACUGGGAUCAGGACUUUGACGAUCUGAGCGGGCCUUACUGGAUCGAAAACAUGGUGAAGCCUGUGCUAUUUGCAGAUGCGGUCACGACGGCACUGACAAACGGCGGCCCUUUCGACGUCGCGAUCGAGAUUGGACCGCAUCCUGCGCUGAAAGGACCUGUGAACCAGACUGUACGACCACAUCUGGGGAAGCAACUCCCGUACUGCGGCAGCAUGAACCGAGGCGAGGAUUGUGUCAUCAGUAUGAUGCAGCUGCAAGGUUUCUUGUGGUCUCACUUUGGGGCGCAAGUGCUUGACUUGGACCAAUAUCAACGCUGCUGGCGUGACGAAGUUCCCACGCACAAGGUUGUCGACACCCUCCCCACCUACUCUUGGGAUCAUGGCGCACCCAUAUGGCGUGAAUCGAGACUCUCGCGCAAUCACCGAUUACGCUCCAGCGGAAAUGAGAGCAUCUUGCUGGGCCACCGGUGCCCCGAUGACUCGGAUUGGGAACCACGUUGGCGCAACUUCCUGAGUCUGAAGGAGCUCCCUUGGCUGCGCGGACAUUCGUUCCAGGGAGAGGUGCUGUUCCCCUCGGCUGGAUACAUCGCGAUGAUGCUAGAGGUGGCGCAGUUCCUUAGCGGCGACAAGCACAUGUCGCUGAUUGAGAUCAAGAAUCUCACCCUCGAGCGGCCACUCAAGGUAGAGGAGGGGCCCCGACCAGUCGAGAUGCUGACAUCGGUCAAAGUGACACGCAAAGACGAGAGCAAGAUUACAGCCGAGUUUUCGUCCUAUGUAUGCUCUGAUGCAAGCACAGGCAAGGUAGAUAGAACCUGUUUUGGAAGCAUCUCUGUGUCGUUGGAUAGUAGCAACGAUGAUGUCCUCCCUCCUCGAGUGGACCCGCUGGCUGCAACUGUACCGCCCGUGGAUGUGGAGCGUUUCUACAGCUCUGUCAAAGAGACUAGACUGGAGUACGAAGAUCUGUUCAAACGGCUCAAUUCGAUGCGCCGUGUUGAUGGUAUUGCUACCGCAAUAGCGUCCUGGUUCGCUGAGGAGAUCGAGUACGGAAAUCUCUACCACCCAGCACUGAUUGAUGUUGCACUGCAACCGGUGUUUGCUGCCUUCAACGCCCCAACUGCCGAAAGGCUAUGGACUGCAUACCUACCUCAAAGCUUCGAAAAGAUCACAGUCAACCCAAGACAUCGCCUCGUCACAUCAUCUGGCGGUCAAAUCGAAGUCCUCAUCGACGCCUUCUCCAUGGAACUAUCGGCAACCAAGAUCAGAGGCGAUGUCAGCAUCUACUCGCACCGCGACAACUUCAAGACGCCGUUCCUUCAGCUCGAAGGAAUGGCGUUGGCAGCUCUCGGACGACCAGACGCCUCCAACGACCGCGUCAUCUUCGCAGAGACCAAAUGGGAAGCUGACCUCCUGGGCGGCGCCGAGUUCGAAAUCGAUUUCAACCCACCUCAAGAUGUUGCGGUUGAGGAAUCUGAACGUGUUGCUCUGUUCUUCUGCCACAACCUGUUAUCAGAGGCGAGCAAGGUUGGCGUUGAGAACUUGAAGCCUCAUGAGAAGAUGAUGUUCGAACAGCUCACGGAUCUGGCGAACACGGUCGAGAAGGGACCUUAUCGCAACUGGGCAAAGGACACGAGAGAAACGAUCGAUGCCAUUCUUGAAAGAAACCAGGACCAAGUUGACUUUGAACUUCUCCGCCUCGUGGGAGACGAAGCCGGUAGCGUCUUCCGUAACGAAAAGCAGAUGGUUCACGUCCUUUUUGCGGACGACAAACUGAGCCAUUUCUACCGCGAAGGCCUAGGUCUUCGCAAUGCUCAGCGCCAAGUCUCGGCUUACCUGAACGCCAUAUCCCAUCGGUACCCAAAGGCAAAUAUUCUCGAAAUCGGAGCCGGAACUGGUGCGACGACUUCAGCUGUCUUUGAUACCAUCGGCGACCACUUCGGUUCUUACACCUUCACCGACGUGUCCCUUGCGUUCUUCCCCCAGGCUCAGAAGCGAUUUGCGGAAUACGUGCAUAAGAUGACUUUCAAGAAGCUGGAUAUCGGGCAUCCAUUCGAGGAGCAGGGCUUCGACACCCCAUCAUAUGAUGUUAUUAUUGCUGCGAAUGUUUUGCACGUAUCGGAUGACAUUGAAGCCGUGCUGCGUCGUGUCAGGGGCCUGCUCAAGCCCGGUGGUUUUCUUAUCGUCACUGAGCCGACUUCAGACCACCUCCGAAUUCAAGUGAUCAUGGGCGGCCUAGAAGGUUGGUGGCUUGCGCGUGACAAUUGUCGACGCUUCGGACCGGUCGCAACCAUUGAGACUUGGGACGAAAAGCUUCGCAACGUUGGAUUCACCGGUGUCGAUAUGUUCAGCCAUGACCAGAAGGAAGAUGAACUUCACACUUUCACCUCUUUCGUUAGCCAAGCUACUGAUGAUACAAUCAACGCCCUUCGAGAGCCACUCGACAACACACACAUGAUACCCGACUUCGUUCCAUUUACUCUCAUUGGUGGUUCCACGUUUGCCACAUCAAAGAUUGUCCGCUCAGUCAAGGACAGAUUGUCAGGCUUUGGCAACGACGUCGUUCAUUUUCCCGACCUUCGAGGUGUCAAACCAUCCGAUGUACCCGCAAAUUCUCUGGUUCUCUGUCUCUCUGAGCUGGACCAGCCGACUUUCAAGAGCGGAGUUGAUGAUGCAGCUCUGUCCGGAUUCAAAGGCAUUAUUGAGAAGGCUCGGGGAGUAUUGAUUUUUACAAAGAAUGCGGCCACGUCAAAUCCUUACUCAAACAUGUUGGUUGGUUUGUGUCGCGGAUUGCGCGCUGAAAAGCCGGCGUUGGGAAGGUUCCUCCAGGUGAUGGACAUUGAUGGAGCCACCAAGCUUGAUCCCAACACAAUCUCGCAGCAUUUCCUCCAGCUGACACUGACGGCCAUUCAAAACAUGGAGCCCGACGAAAGGUUUUGGUCUUUGGAGACCGAACUCUGUCUGAGGAACAAUCAACUUUUCGUUCCCCGCAUUCAGGAGUACGAAGACCCCAAUGAGCGCACUAACUCGGCCAGAAGGCAAAUCGUCAAGGAGGUCACAUCGGAGACUCACGUCAUUGAGGUCAACCAGACUGGAACCUCAAUCGAAGUCAGGGCCAGUUCAAAGCUUAUCCAAGACAGGCCUAGGCUGGACACGAUCGAGAAUGCCUUCUCCUGCUUGGCACCUAUCAAUCUGCUGUCUUACCAAGAGCCGCAAUACCUUUGUGUGGGCACACGCCAGGACAGCUCCGAAGCUGUAAUUACAUUAUCCCCAACGAAUUCCUCGGUGUUCCAAGUUUCAAGCGACCGUGUUCUCUCCGCAGGCAUUGCCUCCAAUGCGGUUGCACUCCUGUCUGUCGUGUUAGCCGCGCAGGCUUGGGUACGGUCAGUGCCUCGAGGUCAUACUAUAUGGCUACACGGAAUCAGCAAGAUGGCACGAGACGUUAUCGAAGUUGAGGCAAAGAAGAAUGGUAUUGGAAUCUUUGCAAGUUCACCAGACUCGACCGGCGACAACUUUAUUCCACCGCGCGCUCCCACACGCAUGCUCAAGGCGUUCUUACCCCGCAAGACGGCAGCAAUCAUUUUCGGAGACUCGAUCAGUGACGCCGACUCUUCCGAUCUUCUUUCGAAGGUCUCGUCUUUCCUCUUGGUGCGCAAGCCCUCCGAUGGACAUUUCUGGGAAUGCCCUGCAAGUCAAUCCGACAGACCAGCUUCCCAGCUUCUUGAGACGGCAUAUGCGUCCACCAUUCAGUUGAAUGGUGCUACCGAAGAUCAUACCGCAAGGACUGUACCAAUUGGCGACUUGAGCGGAAUCGAGGCGAGUGCGUCCACGACUGUCAUCGAUUGGCGACAGGCACAGAGUGUCCCAAUCCGGGCAGAUCUGCAACCCGUCAAGCCCGAGCAACUCUUCAAGUCGGACAAGACGUACUUCAUGGUCGGCCUCACUGGUGACGUCGGCAUUUCCAUCUGCUCGUGGAUGAUCAAGCACGGCGUCCAGUAUGUCGUGCUGGCAAGCAGAAAUCCCAAUGUCAGCCAGACCUGGAUUGACUCCAUGGCAAAGCUGGGCGCCAAGGUUCUGGUGAUGGCCAUGGACGUGACAAACCCAGAUCGCAUCAAGGAAGUUGUCGAUGAGAUUUCCAAGACAAUGCCUCCAAUUGCAGGUGUCUGCAACGGAUCAAUGGUAUUGUCAGAUAAGCUCUUCAUGCAGAUGGACGUGGAAUCUGUGCAGACUGCUCUCCGGCCCAAGGUUGAUGGUAGCAUCCAUCUCGACCGCGCUUUCUCGGGCCAAAACCUCGACUUCUUCAUCAUGCUUUCGUCAACAGGCAGUGUCAUAGGAACACCUGGCCAGUCCAACUACCACAUGGCGAACACGUUCAUGGCUGGGCUUGCCGCCGAUCGGAGACGCCGAGGCCUGGCUGGAUCCGUUAUUGAUGUGGGCAUGAUUUCAGACACCGGAUAUGUCACCCGUCAAGAUCCCAUUGUGGCCAAGAAGCUGCGCAGCAUGUGCGUUCUCGCUCUCUGCGAAGCUGAGGUCCAUGUCAUGUUUGCAGAGGGUAUUCUUGCCGGCCGGCCGGGAUUUUCUUCGCAUAGCGAGCUCAUUGCCGGCCUGGCAAUCAGCGAUAAUGAAGCCGUGCGACCGUUCUGGGCCAACGAACCCCGAUUCGGUUUCUAUGUAAAAGAUAAGCGGGACUCCGCGACCGAAAACAUUGGCAUCUCGGUUCUUGAAGAUCUCCGGGCCGCCCUAGACGCGGCCACCGACGAGGAGACUGUCUUCACCAAGGUUCGAGAGGCUUUCGCCCAGAGACUGGAGAGUCUUCUGCAACUCCCUCAAGGAAGUGCAAAGAUGGACUUGCCUCUCGUCAGUCUUGGCCUGGACUCGCUUCUUGCAAUGGAAGUGCAGACUUGGUUCCGAAAGGUUGUCGGCGCCGAAGUCAGCGUUCUUCAGAUCUUGAGUGGUGCUUCUGGAGAUUCAAUCUGCAAAGCAGCUUCCGCCCCCAUCUUCGCCAGCAAAAGCAGCAUUCAAACCAAGAAGGAGGCCCCAGAAGCCGAGACCAAGCCUGAAACCAAGACUACUCAGCUAAGCGUACCGGUUCUCGAAGUGGAUGGCGCAUCGACGCCGAUCACGCCAGACAACAGGACAACGCCAGGCACACCGGACGCAUCACCGCCGACUCCGAUGACAUCCGUCGGCAGUGAAAGCAGGGACGAGCAGGCAGAUGGCUACUUCAAGGAGCGCAAGAUUCAGCGAGUCGUUCACCGAAGAGCACAGAUGUCUUUCGCACAAGCCCGGCUGUGGUUUCUUCAAGGGUUCCUGGAAGAUCCAACAACGUACAACGAGACAUCCAUGUACGAGCUCAGAGGGCCUUUGGACGUCGAUCAAUUGAAGAAUGCAUUCCGGCAGGUGACCUGGCAUCACGAGAUCUUGCGCACAUACUUCUACACGGACUCAGCUACUGGUUUGCCGAUGCAAGCUGUGACAGCCACGUCAGCAUGCCCCUUCAAAUUUAUGGACGACGCAACGGAUGCAACAACUGCACAAGAGUACCAGGAAAUGAAAUCACGGCAGUGGGAUCUCGAAGAAGGUGUAUGCUUGGGAUUGACUGUCCUCCGACAUGCAAGCGACCGACACACUCUCAUCCUCUCCAGUCACCACAUAGCUAUUGAUGGCGUUACAUGGAUUCUUCUCCUCAAAGAUCUGGCACGAGCCUAUGAAGGGAAGUCUCUGCCCACCAUUCCACAGUACGUUGACUUCGCAGUUAAGCAGAGGUCUAUGGUAGAGCAGGGAAACUGUGCCAAGGAGACCCAAUUCUGGAAGGAUAAGCUUGCAGGCCUUCCCGAUGCCCUGCCUCUCUUCCCCAUGUCGCACACAAAGACUCGGAAGGCAACGAACCAGUACGCCACCACCAUCGUUGAUACAGUGUUGCCGAAAGCCCUGGUAUCUCAAAUCAAGCAAGCCAGCAGCCGACUUCAUGUGACACCGUUCCAUUUCCACUUUGCCGUCCUCGCAUCAAUGGUGUCUCGCCUUUCGCAGACCAAUGACUUCUGCAUUGGCACCGUUGAUACUGGAAGGUCGGGCACUGAGUUCUCUCAGACUGCCGGAUGCUUCAUCAAUAUCGUCCCCGUUAGAGUCAACGUGGGGGAGACCGAAAGCUUCGAGACUCUUUGCAAGAAGGCGUCUUCGAAAAUCCUCGCGUCCCUCACUAACUCCACAAUCCCCCUCGACGCCUUGCUGGAUGAACUCCAAGUUCCGCGCACGGCGCGACACAGCCCAAUCUUCCAGGUCAUCAUCAACUACCGACUUGGAAUCUUGGGAUUGAACUCCAUCGGUGAUGCUGCGCUCAAGUAUGUCCAAUCUCAGAGUUCAGGCAACCCGUAUGAUCUGGGAGUCAAUAUCACGGACACACCAGACGAAACUUGUCUCCUCCAUUUCGCCGUUCAAGAUGCGCUGUAUUCGAAGGAGGCUGCGCAAUCAAUUCUGGACUGUUAUCGCUGCUUGCUAGAGUCUGCUUGUGCGGCUCCACGGUCUAAGGUUGUUGCGCUUCCCAUGCAUAGGUCUUCCAUGUUGAAAGCUGUGGGCGAGUCAGAUAGCCAGGGGUUGACAGGAAGAGGCCGCCGAUUCAACAUUGAAUGGUCAGGCACUAUUUCUCAUCGAAUCGACGAAGUCGCCGAGCGUCAUCCGGAUCUCGUUGCCAUCAAGGACGGAGAAAAGGUUUUUACUUAUCGAGAGAUGAUGCAGGAAGUCAACAACAUGGCCGCAUCCCUGAGAGCUCUUGGGGUUCCUAGAAGCGCCGAGCCUUUCUGUUGUCUGUUGAUAGAGCCGUCGGCCGAAUAUGUGUUUGCAUACCUCGCGGUCUUGAAGGUUGGAGCCAUCGUUGUCUCCCUCGAUACCACAAAUCACCAAGAGAGGUUGGCUUCAAUUGUGGGAGACUGCAAGCCACAGGCGGUCCUCCACGAUAAAGCGACUUCCGAUCUCGCCCAACUAUUAGCCGAUUCCUGCCGUGGUACCUCGACCUUGGAUGUCGCUUCGAUUCUGCCUCGAGCUGGAGACCACGAAGUUCGUAAUUCAUCCGAUGCUCAAGCGGCAGCCGUACUUUUCUACACAAGCGGAACGACCGGAGUCCCCAAGGGAGCCAUUUUGAAGCACAGAAACUACGUCAACUUGAUUGAGGCGUCUUCGCGCAGGCUUCAAGUCCGACCAAAGGAAGAGGUGAUUCUUCAGCAGACCGGCGUCAGCUUCGAUCUUUGUCCGUUCGAGAUUUUCACUGCUUUCUCGAACGCAGGCACCUUGGUCAUGGCUUCCAAAGACCAACGCAGAGACCCAUCAGCCAUCGUCGAUCUCAUCAAGAGCGAAAAGGUGACGUUAAUGGCUGGAACACCUGUCGAGUUCAAGCACAUCUUCCAACACGCUUCGGACGUACUCAAGACUUGCGAAAAGUUCCGGACCGUGGCCGUAGGAGGCGAGAUUUUCACACCCCAGCUGGCGGCCCAGUUUAGGCAGGCGAUGCCACCAGGCGCGAAAGUUUUCAACGUUUACGGACCGACAGAGACGUGCAUCUUCGCCACGGUGGAGCGCGUCAAGUACUUGGAAGACGGCUUGGACUUCGUGCCUGCGGGCCCUGCCCUGGACAAUGUCUCGAUAUACGUCGUCGACGACAGAAUGGACCUCGUACCGGAGGGUUGCGCCGGAGAAGUAUGCAUCGGAGGUGCAGGCGUCAGUCAGGGAUACCUUCGCCGCCAGGAGCUCACCAACAAGGCUUUCGUUUCGGAUCCUUUCGCUACUGCAGAGGACCAAGGAAAUGACUGGAAGAUGAUGUACCGCACCGGCGAUUCCGGCUAUUUGAAGCCCGAUGGCUCGCUCGUCAUUCUCGGCCGCAUCAGUGGCGACAGCCAAGUCAAGAUCAGAGGAAUCCGCAUCGAGCUUGAGGAUGUUGCGUCCAACAUUCUCAAGACUGCGAACGGAAAGCUCGCGGAAGCUGUUGUCACCGUGCGCGGAGAAGACAAGACCUUGGUUGCCUUUGCCGUGAUUGCAACUGCCGCUCAAAUCAAAGACACCCAGGAGUAUCUCCGAUCACUCCCGGCAAGCCUCCCUCUUCCGGAUUAUAUGCGGCCUUCUAUCAUCAUUCCUCUUCAACAGCUUCCCAUGACCCACAAUGGCAAGUUGGACCGGGUUGCUUUGAAUGAGAUACCGAUCCCAGCUCAGGCUGAGGAAAGCAGCCAAGAAACGCUCACUCCACUCGAGCGUGACCUGCGUCAGGUUUGGGAACAGAUUCUUCCAGACACCAUCUCCCAAUCAACUGGGAUUCUUCUCAACUCCGACUUCUUCCGUCUCGGAGGAAACUCCCUGCUGUUGGUCAACUUGAGAAAGAAGGUACAGAAGCAGUGGCAGAUUUCUGUGCCUCUUCUACAGUUGUUUGAAGCAAGCACUUUGCGAUCAAUGGCAGCCAUGAUUCGGGGCGCCAAAGAAUCUAAAAAUGACGGCAUUGAUUGGGAAUUCUGGGAUGAACAGACUCGUUUUGAAAACAAAACCGCCAUUCUGACGGGCGCAGCUAAGGGACUGGGAUCAUGGCUCCUGAAACUCCUUCUCGAAGACCCGUCCGUUGACAGAGUUUACUGCAUCGCCAUUAGUCAGGAACAAGUACCCCAGCUUCCGGCAAGCGACAAACUCGUGAUUUACAUCGGAAGUCUUGCGGAUCCUACCCUUGGUCUCUCGGGUGAUGCGCAACAAACCUUGCAAAAAGACGUGGACAUCAUAAUCCACGCCGGAGCCGAGGGCUCUUGCCUGAACAACUAUGACUCCAUUCGUGUUCAAAAUGUAGAGUCAACAAAGUUUCUGGCAAAUCUGGCAUUGGCCAGGAAGGUGCCAUUCCACUACAUUUCCAGCCCCCGCGUCAUCCUGUUCAGCGGAGGCAACACGUACCCCGAGCGGCCCAUUUCAGUGCAUUAUCCCCCAGCUGCUCUUGGCAGAGAGGGAUUCACCUCAACAAAAUGGGCGAGCGAGACGUAUCUCGAGAAGUGUGCGGCCGCAACCGGGUUAUCUGUAUCGAUUCAUCGCGCGGGCUACCUCAUGUCCGAGGACGCUGAUGAGAUGGACGCGGUCAACAUGAUCCACAAGUACUCAGCCAUCCUCAAAGCAGUCCCAUCUUUGGCUACGUUUUCUGGCUUCCUGGACAUGUGCAAGUUGCCGACAACGGCGGGAGCGAUUCUUCAAUCACUGACGAAUGACAAUUUUGGAGUCUCCUACGGCGCAACCAGAAUUAUCCACCACACUGAAGGCAACGUGGUGCCGGUUCAUGAGUUCCAGAGUUACAUGGAAGCUCGUUUGGGUCAUUCUUUUAAAAGUCUGAGUAUGGUUGAUUGGGCUACCGAGGCCGAGGAGAAGGGUAUGAGCGCUGUGUUGGCUGCUUUCUUGGAAGCCGUGGUUGAGAGAGGCGAUGAAGCGCGUUACCCCAGACUGUUGCGCGGAAGUUAG